AUGUACUGGUCGCAGAAUUGGACAGCACCUCCAACAGUGACGGCAGAAAUCGACUGCACGGAGAGGAAGCUGCUCAAGCGGCUGAUUGGCUACUUUUCGCCUACGCCGUCGAAAGUGGCUACAGAAAAUCGUCUUGCCUUCCUCGAUCAGAUUAUGAGGAGUCCAUCAGAUCGCAUUGUUCAAAGUUCUCUGACGGAUUCAAAUUGGAAGAGGAAAUGGAAUACUGACGAAUGGUUUGAAUAUGAGCAGACUCUUGCUGAAGAUCGAGAAGAUUGGGUAGAGCUGUGCUUAAGAACAACAGACCUCGGCGAAGAUGCUGGCAUUCGCAUCAGAUGA